GUUGAAGUAGCGCCCGUGGUGUCGUCGUCUUUCUUGUGUGUGUUGUUUUUUUGGCGCAAAAUCUUUUCAGAAUUGCGUACCUCAUUUCUGGUACGUUGCCGUUGACUACCAACUUGCAAUUGUCAGCACCAUCAUUUUGGCUGCCAUAAUGCCUAAGUGGCCUAAGGCGUGCAUGUGGCUAAUGGGCGUCAUUGUGGUUGCCUCGUCACUGGCCACUCUGAUACAGACUUACGUCAUUGACGCACUGCCAUUCGGCCUCAUCGUAACCACCGACCUGAAGAGGAUCUCCGAUGUGCAGACCGAGAUCUACAUCAAGCCGCACUCGCACGCCGCCACUUUAUUCGUGGGCGUGAUUUUCGGCGUCCUGGCGGCGCGGCGGCAUCGGCUGUCGCGACUCGUCCAGGGCGCUGCCUGGGCCGCGGCCGCUGUCCUCGCGCUGGCCGCGCUGCUCGGCGUGCGGACGUGGUCGGUCGGCCGCCAGCCGGAAAGGCUUGAGUCGGCGUUCUACGGGGGUUUGCACCGCGUCUCCUGGGCGCUGGGCAUCGCGUGGGUCAUGUACGCCUGCGCCACGGGCCGUGGAGGCUUCGUCACCAAGAUCCUCGCCUGGCCCAUCAUGUAUCCGCUGGGAAGGCUGUCGUUCGCGCUAUACCUGGUGCAUCUCCUCGUACUGGGCUCCACGACAGUACUGGGGCGAGAGCUCACCAGUCAGCAGCCGUUCCUACACACCCAGAUAUACUUAGCUUUGGUACUCAUGUCGUACGGGUUUGCCAUCGUCGUCUACCUCUUCAUUGAGUGCCCGGUGGCUGGACUAGACAACACGGCCUUCCAAAAAGUAAUGCCGAAGCAUGGAAACCAAAGUGCCUCAAAAACCAAGGGCAAUGCUCAAGAUCUCAAGGCCAUCCAGGCUGUUCCCAAGAGCAUGGCCAGCACGAACCUCGAGUUUUCUCCUUCGACGCAUCAGCUUGCAAACGGAUUUCCCGACGUGACUAAACGCUCUGGCAACGGAAUCCAUCUUAACGGUCAGGUCAAUGCAGCUUGGGAAAACGAUAUAAGCGACAAAGACUCGCAGGCUGAUGUUGCCGUGAUCUCCAUAAAAUUCUGAGCGAACGAUUGCUGGCAUUACUGCGCAUAACGCGCUUGGCUCACGCAACGAUGCCGUUAUUUUCAGGCUAGCGCACGCAAGCACUUCGGCUAGCAUGACUCCAUGCCACGCUACGCGCAGAGAAGCGCAUGCGCUCGUGACGCGACUUGAAGGUGCUUCGCAAAUUGGUGUGAAUCUUUGCUGUGUUGUUCAGAGAUGUAAAUA